CCCGGCCGAACGCCCGAAGGACCCCGCGGGGGCCGCGCAGGCUAGCUAUCGCAGUGCCUGGUGGCCGGGCUCCGCGCUGGAGGACCAGGUGACUCCAGACCUGAACUCCGGCUGGGCUGGGGUCCGAACGGCCCUGGAUCUGGGGAGCGCUUAGGUCCUGCUUCGAAGGCCAGGAGUCGCGCGGCUGUCGGCCCGGAGAAAUGAGGGCCCGCGAAGAGAGGGGUAUCCUGGCAAGGUCCCAAUUCUUGUCCAUCCAAUCUUCCAAUUCUAGGAUUGAUGGGAGCACACUGUGGGAUAGAAGACCUUAUGAAAGGAGUGAGAUGACCUCGAUCUUGCGGAGCCCUCAGGCUCUCCAGCUUACUCUGGCCCUGAUCAAGCCUGAUGCUGUUGCUCACCCCCUGAUUCUGGAGGCUGUUCAUCAGCAAAUUCUGAGCAACAAGUUCCAUAUUGUACGAAUGAGAGAACUUCUGUGGAGAAAAGAAGAAUGCCAGCAGUUUUACAAAGAGCAUGAAGGGCGUUUUUUCUAUCAGCGGCUGGUGGAGUUCAUGGCCAGCGGGCCAAUCCGAGCCUACAUCCUGGCCCACAAGGAUGCCAUCCAGCUCUGGAGGACGCUGAUGGGACCCACCAGAGUGUUUCGAGCACGUCACGUGGCCCCAGAUUCAAUUCGUGGAAGUUUUGGCCUCACUGACACCCGCAACACAACCCAUGGCUCUGAUGAGGGUAACAGCUGCCUAUUGCUGCACUACAAAUCACCUCACAAUCUAGUGGCUUAGAACAAUGAUUUAUCUUUAUGUGUCUCUGGAUUGGCUGGGUGAUUCGGCUGGUCUCACUUGGAUUCACUCAUGUGGCUGCAGGUAGGUCAAACAUGGUUUUUUAUCCUGAGCUGCUUCAUAGCAUGAUUGUUUCAGGGUUCCAGGAGGACAGAGCCCCAUUCACAAGCUUAUCAAGCUUCUGUUUAUAUCAUGUUUGCUAAUAUCCCAUUGGCCAAGGCAAGUCCCGUGGCCAAGCCCAGCAUCCAUGUGGGAAGAGACUAGGUAAGGGCAUGGGUACUGGGAGGUGUGAAUCACUGGGGGGCCAUUACUAGGGCAAUCUACCAUACAGGGCAUAGUGAGGAACCUUGAAUUUAUAUGGAAUUUGUGAAAACAAGUAUUUGCACACGUUAACGAAGGAGAUGAAGAAAUAGCCUGAGAAGGAAGGAAAAAUCCAAGGAUAUGUGCAUCAGGAAAGUCAAGAGGAGAGAGUGUUUCUGGAGAAAGAAGCAAUGUUGAAUAUUAUCGAGAAGUCCAGAAUGAUGAAGCCUUUUAAAUAACCUCUAAUGUGGCAGCAUGGAGGUCACUGUGACCUUGGUAAGAACAAUGCCUCUGUGCCAACAGGGGGGCUACCUUGCAUGGAAGAUAAUGGGCUAAAGCAUUUAUAGUGUCAUGCUACCCUGGGGUUAGAGUGGGAUGUCUGGGAGUCAGAGAAUCUUCUCACAUCUGAAUCUAUAAAUGUAUCUGCAUGUGCUCCCCUCUUCUCUUCCUGUUACAACAUAGGAAGUGUCCUGCUUUCCAUUAAGCCUUCUGUGUGCUCUGAAUCCCACCUGGCUCUUUUGGUUUUCUGGUCUCUACUGCACUUUCACCUCUCUCUGCUGAGUCCCUUUGAAUUCAAACAUGUUUUGAAAACAUGUUUGGGUAAUUCAGCAUGGAGCCUACUUAAAAUUUUAAAAAAAUUAAAAAUAAAUAAAAGCAAGCCUUAAUACAUCAUCUCCUUCAUGCCACUGUCCCAUAUUUCUGCUCACCUUUAUAGCAAAACUCUGAGCAGAGUAACUUAGAACAGCAAUGACCAGUGACUUUCAGUCUAGACAAAAUGUAGAUGUAUGUAGACCCAUUUACCUCUGCCCCUCCCCACUAAGUACAACUGUAAACCUGAAAAUCAUGCAAGAAACAAUCAAGGAGAACUCUGAAAAGUUCUCCAAAGAAGAACUGGUUUGAGACUUCCAGACUAGAGGAACAACACAGUAGCAGGGCAUCUUGGGUCUCCCUACACAACAACACAAGGUGAUCCAGAAUGGGAAUUUACCAAACUGUAACCUGGAAACAUGACAGGCCCAUCUGGCCUAUUCUUUCCCAUGACUAAACAGACUAAAUAGGAAGUCCAGCUUAAAACACCAAGCAAACUGACAAAAGAGAAUUGAUCAGGAGUGCCAGCUAUCAGUAACCAGCCAAGGAAGUACUCUCUUUCCUAGCCAGGUUUGAGGCUACCCUCCCUCAUGGAAACAUACUAACAUGGUGAGGUAGCACCCACAAGAGAGACCAAAACAAAUGCCCUAAGUCCAAGUUCUGUGACCAAAGUUAGACCUCUAAGUCAAAGUCAAAGGUAAGUUCCAAGAGCCAAGUCAGUCCUAUGUCUGAGUUUAAUGUCCAGGACAAGUUGAAUUCCAAACUAAGGUUCCAGUCUAAGACCCAGGUCCCCCAGUCUAGGUCUAGGAUUCUGGUUCAGAUCAACAUUCCAGGUCUCAGGUCAUGUCCUGAUGUAGGUCUGAUUUCUAGGUUCGAGGUCUUGACAUGAGGUCAAAGUCUCAGGUUAGAGGUUGAAGUUCAAGUAACAUUUCCAAAAAACCAAGUCUGAGGACAGGUCCAACAUCAUGGAUAGAGUUCCACAGUUGAGAUUUGAUGUUCAAGUCCAAGGUCCCAAGUCUAUGUCCAAGGACCAGUUUGAGAUCUAAAGGCCAAGUCUAAAAUCCAGGCCCAAAUCUGAGGUUCCACAUUCAAAGUCCAGGUCCAGAGUUUGAGGACAAGGUCUUUAAGUCUACAACACAUCAGGUCAAAGUCUGGGUCCAAAGUCCAUGUUGAUUUCCAAAGCCCAGGUCCAACACAAGUAUCCAGGAUCAAAUGCAGACCAUAUUCUACAUUCAGGUCCCAAGGGCAGACCUAAGUUUAAAAUAUUCAGUGUUCAAGUCUGAGGUCCAAGAUACAAUCCUAAUAUCAAAGUCCAUGUCUAAGGACCAGGUUUAAUAUCAGGACUAAUUUACAGACCAAUUACACAUCCAACACCUACAACAAGGUUCAGGAGCAGGUCAGUGUGCAGUUCCACAGAUAAUAUCUAAGAUCCAGAUCCAAGUCUAGGUCCAUGGUCCAGGUCCAACAUCUAUGUUCAUAUUUGAGGCUCAGGUCCAGUGUUAGUGUUUAAUGUCAAAUCUAGGUCCAAGUUCACAGUCCAGAUUCAAGGCCCCAUGUUCAAGGUUGAGGUACACUCAAACACUUCCAAAGUCCAGGUCAGGUCAAGACCCAAAGUCUGGAUCCAAAGUCAGAUCCAAUGUUGUGGUUCAAGGACCAGGUCCAAAGUCCAAUUCUAGGUGCACUUCCCAGGUAUAAGCUGAGUCCAAGAUCUAGAUUAAAUCCAUCUCUAAAGUCCAGAUUAAAUAUCUAGUACUAGGUUGAGUUCCAGCUCCGAGAUCCCAAUCCAAGUUCUAGUCCCAAGGCCACAUAUAAUCCAUUCUGAAUUAUAGGGCCAGGGUCCAGAAAUAAGGUUCGUCUUUAAGGUCUGAUAUUCACAUUUGAGAUCCAAAUCCAGGACAGAAGCCUAAAUCUAAGAACUACAUCCAGGUCU